AUGACUGACAGCCAACCCCAUCUCGUCACUGGAGGGAGCGGCUUUAUCGCGCAGCAUCUAAUCAACGAAUUAUUGCUUCAAGGCAUUUCUGUCCACACGACAGUUCGCAGCCUCAAAAAUGCUAAAAAGGUUGCAAGCUUGAAGGCGCUACAAGAAAAAUAUCCGACAGGUCGAUUGAAGCUUUUCGAAGCUGACCUGCUCCAAUGGGGCUCAUUCAAACAGGCGAUGCAGGAGUGCUCAGUAGUUCACCACGUCGCAUCGCCUUUUCUAAUGGCAGAAAAGAUCAAAGAUGGUCAAACACAAUGCGUUGAACCUGCACUGAAGGGUACUCAAAACGUACUAGCCACUGCCAAUGAAACGGAAUCUGUCAAGCGGGUUGUGCUUACAUCUACAAUUGGUGCAAUUUUCGGCGAUUACCGUGACGUCUCCGAUCAGAUGGGAGGGGUACUAUCCGAGACCUACUUCAACGAGACAAGCACGGUGGACCACAACCCCUAUCACUACUCCAAAGUACUAGCGGAAAAGGAGGCAUGGAAAAUCGCAAAGCAACAAAGCCGAUGGGACAUGGUCGCCAUCUGCCCGGGUUUGGUCUUUGGCCCGCCGUUGUCUGCAGGCUCAGACUCUGGCAGCCUGUACCUCGUGGACGAACUCCUGCGCGGGGAGCUGUUCUUUGGUGUGCCCAACCUCAGCUUUGCCACCGUGGACGUCCGGGACGUUGCAGCAGCCCACGUCAAGGCGGCAGAGACGCCCGCUGCCAAGGGUCGCUAUAUCGUUGCUUCCAAAGAGAUGGCCACGUUCCUGGACAUCUCGCGGCUUCUUCGGAAGAUGAGCAAGUCGCCGCUCAUUCCCAGUCACCAGCUACCCGACGUUUUUGUUCGUGUGCUAGGGCCUAUGUUUUUUGGCCUAACGGAAAAAUGGAUUUCGAGGAACCUAGGGGUACGUUUUAGCGUGGACAAUAGUCGGACUGUCAAUGAGUUGGACCUCAACUUGCGGCCGCUUGAGACGACCCUCAAUGAUCAUUUCACCGCUUGGAAGGCUUCUCGGAAGAAAUAA